AUGGGAAAUGACGACACUAUUGCAGGCAGAGCCACAGAUAGAGCGGCAACUCAGGAUGUUCAUGAUCCAGCGGUCGAGAUAGAUGCGACACAUGUUGUUAUUGAGGUUGCUAAUGAGGUGGUUCAGCCAGAUGUUGUUGUUGAUGAGGUGACUGCCACAAAUCUGGACCCAUCUGUUACUCGUGACACAGAGGUUACGGUUCCGUCGAUGGAGUCGUCUUUGCAUACUAAUGGAACGUUCUCGGGAAGACCCAUUGAUUGGUCAAUAUUUACCGAGUAUGUUGACCAUGUGGCAUACCGACUAUGGCAGGGAGAGGUGACCUCUCACGUGUCGAAGAUGAAGAACUUCCCGAAGACUCCAAUGCCUAAGCAGGUUAGGAGAAUUGUACAUGAUUUUGGUUUCCUCACAUCUGUCGAUUGCUCACUUACCAUGCUUGACGUUUCACUUCUUACGGAUUUUAUCGAGCAAUGGCACAAGGAGACAUAUUCCUUUCAUCUUCCAUUUAGGGAGAUAACUAUCACUCUCGAUGAUGUCUCCUCAUUGUUCCAUCUCACCAUCGCUGACAGAUUCCUCACGGCUCCUAUUAUUAGCAUGUCGCUUGCACGUAUGGUGGUUGUACGAGAUUUGGGAGUUUCUGAGGAGAUAUACGAGUAUUUCUCCACCAUCUGUGAUGGGAGGGUGCAACAUUCCCUUGUAGAGGCCCCACGGGUGAGGAGAUGGAAGGCCAUGGAAGCACAUCUCGAUGGUGUUGCGGAGUGCAGGUGGAGGCUUGAUGCAUUUACUGUAGAUGGUGUCAUCAAGACACCAUACACUGAUCACAAAGUCUAUCAUGAGUUUGAUGACCCUUCUUUUAUAUUCUGGUUAUAUACUGUGGGAGACUUUAGUCACUAG